AUGUCUAGCAAAAAAGACCCCAGUCUUCAUACCGUCCAGUCUGUAGAAGAAGGCCAUAUUCAAGACGAUGUUGCGAAAUCGGGCAAUCUGCACCGGACAUUGACACCUCGUCUAAUUCAUGUCAUUUCACUUGGCUCGAACGUUGGCAGCGGACUUUUCAUUGCUACAGGGAAAGCGCUGGCACAGGGAGGUCCAGGGAAUAUGUUUCUCGGUUAUCUCAUUGUUUGUAUUGGCGUAUGGGCCAAUCUCCAAACCCUUACGGAAAUGACAAUCGCAUUUCCCACAUCCGGCAACUAUAUCGACUAUGCUGAUCGCUGGGUUGACCCUGCAUUGGCUUUUGGGGCGGGUUUGGCUGAAUGGUUAGGGUGGACGUCUGUUUUCGCUUCUGAGGCUACCUUUUUCGUUGUUCUUGUCAAUUUUUGGGCUGAAGGGGCCAUACCGGAGGCUGCUCUACUGACAAUCUUUCUCGUUCUAUGCCUUGCUGUUUUCCUGGUGCCAAACAAAUAUUUCGGUUGGGUAGAAUACUUCGGAUCACUAGUUAAAGUGUUUCUUUUCAUCUUUAUCACACUCAUCUCACUUGCAAUCAUUGGUGGUGCCGGCCCGUCGGGCUAUGGCUUUGCAAAUGCUGCACUUCUUGCCAUCUGGGCCGCCGGAGAUCAAGUCUUUAUCGGAGUAAUGGGCGGCGAAGCUGAAUCGCCUCGGUAUUCCAUGGCGCACUCGGCAAACCUAGUUCCCUGGCGAGUGGGAGUAUUUUACCUUGUCUCGGUCGUUCUCGUCUCCCUGAUUGUGCCGUCAGAUGAUUCACGUCUACUAGGAAGUUCGAGUUCUGCUGCUUCACCUUUCGUUAUUGCAGUCCAGAAUGCGGGAAUUAAGGGUGUUCCUGACUUGAUCAACGCGUGCAUGAUCAUUGGAAUUACGGCAAUCGCCCUGGAAAGCAUCUUCCUUCCUUCUCGGAUUCUUCGCACAAUGGCACUUCAAGAGCUCAUACCCUCCUUUUUGGCCAAGACGGAUGAAAUGGGGCGACCAAGAUGGGCCCUCUCUAUUACGGCCACCGUGGCAAUUAUCUUGACUUAUAUGAGUUUGAGCGCGGGCGGAUUGGAGGUUUUGAACUGGCUGAUCUCCAUCACAAGUACAUCAUUCUUUAUAAACUGGGCCAUUAUUGCAUUUACGUCGUUUCGAUUCCGCGCAGCCGUCAAAGCCCAGAAAGGCUCGAUUUUCAACGGACCGUAUGGAUGGAAAUCUCCUUACUGGCCUCUCGCUCCGACUACAGUUUUGGUUAUUUCUGCCUUCUUGUUAGUAUGCGUUCUAUAUUUGAGCAUCGACGGUGUAACCCAGACUGGUUUCACCGUGUACAGCUUUUUCUCCUACAACAUUGGUCUUGUAUUGAUUAUUGUAUCAAUGAUCUUAUACAAAAUUAUUUUACGCACACCAUGGCGUGAUCCAGCAAUGGCCGACUUGGUUACUGGCCACCGCAUACUAACAGCGCAUGAGAUACAAGAGUUGGAUGCCUAUUAUCAGCGACCAAUGUGGCGGCGGAUCUAA